GUGCGUUCGAGAUCUCUUGCGGGGGGCAAGUGUCGUUCAAGUGCCAAUCCACAUGAAGGGGGAUUGGCAGGUGCAAGAUGGUUUCUGCAGUCGGCCGCAGUUCUCAUCACGAGUGCUGGACGCCCUGGCCUUGAAUCUGCUUACGAUCGCUUCCUUGCACACGAUCAUUCUGAGGCCAGGAGGCAGCAUCGACUGGGUGUACACCAAUCGGACACCGGACCUUGCAUCCAUCCAGAAAGCUCGCUCCGCAAUGGAGAAG